CGGGCACGUUGACGCCGGCGCCGCGCAGCCGGGCCCGCUCCUCCUCCGCUCCGCCAGUGUCCGGCCGCGGGCCGGCCUUAGUGACUGGGGCGGCGGGCCCCGGGGCCGCGGCGCGGGGCGGGCAGGCGGACGCCGGCCGCGGGCCGCCUUCGUCGGCUCCCGAGCUCGCCCGGAGCGAGCAGCCGGCCGCGAGCCGCCUCGGAGCCUCCUCGUCCGCUCCCGCCGGCGAGCAAGAUGAUGUGCGAGGUGAUGCCGACCAUCAGCGAAGCAGAAGGCCCCCCUGGAGGAAGCGGAAGCCAUGGGUCCGGCUCCCCUUCACAGCCAGACGCAGAUUCACAUUUUGAACAGUUGAUGGUCUCCAUGCUGGAAGAAAGGGACCGUCUUCUUGACACACUGAGAGAGACUCAAGAAACGCUGGCAUUAACCCAGGGGAAGUUACACGAGGUUGGUCAUGAAAGAGAUUCUUUGCAGAGACAGCUCAACACGGCACUUCCGCAGGAGUUUGCGGCACUUACUAAAGAACUCAAUGUAUGCAGGGAACAGCUCCUUGAAAGGGAAGAAGAAAUUGCUGAACUGAAAGCAGAAAGGAACAACACCAGACUGCUGUUGGAGCAUUUGGAAUGCCUUGUUUCCAGGCACGAGCGGUCUCUUAGGAUGACCGUGGUGAAGAGACAAGCGCAGUCUCCAGCAGGCGUGUCCAGCGAAGUGGAGGUGCUGAAGGCCCUGAAGUCGCUAUUUGAACACCACAAAGCUCUGGACGAAAAGGUGAGAGAGCGAUUACGAGUAGCACUUGAAAGAUGUAGUUUGUUAGAAGAAGAAUUAGGUGCAACACACAAAGAGCUAAUGAUUCUUAAAGAACAGAAUAAUCAGAAAAAAACACUAACAGACGGAGUGCUGGAUGUAAACCAUGAACAAGAAAAUACACCGAGCACGAACGGAAAGAGAUCUUCUGAUGGUUCUUUAAGCCACGAGGAAGACCUUGCUAAAGUAAUUGAGCUCCAAGAAAUCAUAAGUAAGCAGUCAAGGGAACAGAGCCAAAUGAAGGACCGCCUGGCGGCCCUCUCCAGUCACGUGACAGAGCUGGAAGAGGAUCUGGACACCGCCAGAAAAGAUCUCAUCAAAUCGGAAGAAAUGAACACAAAACUGCAGCGGGAUGUCCGUGAAGCCAUGGCCCAAAAGGAAGACAUGGAAGAGAGAAUCACUACUCUUGAAAAACGCUACCUCGCUGCACAGCGUGAAGCCACGUCUGUGCAUGACCUCAAUGAUAAACUUGAAAAUGAAAUUGCAAAUAAAGAUUCUAUGCAUCGACAGACCGAAGAUAAAAACCGCCAGUUACAGGAGCGCUUGGAAUUGGCAGAGCAAAAGCUGCAACAGACACUGAGGAAGGCGGAGACGCUUCCCGAGGUGGAGGCGGAGCUGGCCCAGAGGGUGGCAGCGCUUUCCAAGUCUGACCUUUUGUCUUCUGGGAGCUCUGCUGCUAAGGAAGCUAAACUGUCGGAACUUACUUCCAAGCUUAGGAAGGCUGAAGAGAGACAUGGCAACAUUGAAGAAAGGCUACGACAGAUGGAAGCACAGCUGGAGGAGAAGAAUCAAGAACUGCAGCGGGCAAGGCAAAGAGAAAAAAUGAACGAAGAACAUAAUAAACGUUUAUCAGACACUGUUGACAAGCUGCUUUCAGAAUCUAAUGAGAGGCUUCAACUUCAUCUUAAAGAGAGAAUGGCUGCUUUGGAAGAUAAGAAUUCUCUACUAAGAGAAGUUGAGAAUGCAAAAAAGCAAUUAGAAGAAACACAGCAUGAUAAGGAUCAGCUUGUCCUAAACAUUGAAGCGUUGAGGGCUGAACUAGACCAGAUGAGACUAAGAGGUGCUUCACUUCAUCAUGGCCGACCCCACUUGGGCAGUGUCCCAGAUUUCAGGUUCCCCAUGGCAGACGGCCACACAGACUCCUACAGCAGCAGCUCGGUGCUGCGGCGCCCCCAGAAAGGCCGUCUGGCUGCCCUUCGAGAUGAGCCUUCCAAGGUACAGACUCUUAAUGAGCAGGAUUGGGAACGUGCCCAGCAAGCUAGUGUCUUGGCAAACGUAGCACAAGCAUUUGAGAGUGAUGCUGACGUGUCUGAUGGUGAAGAUGACAGGGACACUCUCCUCAGCUCAGUUGACCUGCUGUCGCCCAGCGGGCAGGCCGACGCACACACGCUAGCCAUGAUGCUUCAGGAGCAGCUGGACGCUAUCAACAAAGAGAUCAGGUUGAUUCAAGAAGAAAAAGAAAACACAGAGCAGCGGGCAGAGGAGAUUGAAAAUCGAGUUGGCAGUGGAAGUCUAGACAAUCUUGGUCGUUUUAGAUCAAUGAGCUCCAUUCCCCCGUAUCCUGCUUCCUCGCUUGCUAGCUCCUCCCCUCCAAGCAGUGGGCGCUCCACUCCACGAAGGAUUCCUCACAGCCCAGCCCGGGAAGUGGACAGACUGGGCGUCAUGACCCUUCCUAGUGACUUAAGGAAACAUCGUAGAAAGUUGCCAGCUUCCAGAGAAGAGGUACGAGAUGACAAGACAACUAUCAAGUGUGAAACCUCCCCGCCUUCCUCCCCCAGAGCCCUUCGGUUAGACCGGCUACACAAAGGGGCGCUGCACACCGUCAGCCAUGAGGACGUCAGGGACCUAAGGAACUCCACAGGCUCCCAGGACGGUCCCGUGAGCAAUCCCAGCAGCAGCAACAGUAGCCAGGACUCACUCCACAAAGCCCCCAAGAAGAAGGGCAUUAAGUCCUCCAUUGGCCGCUUGUUUGGCAAGAAAGAAAAGGGCCGACCUGGACAAACUGGCAAAGACGCAUUAGGACAAGCUGGUGUUUCCGAAAUGGAUAACUCAUCUCAGGAUGCCUUGGGACUUAGCAAAUUGGGAGGACAGGCUGAAAAAAAUCGUAAACUUCAAAAAAAGCAUGAAUUGCUGGAGGAAGCCCGGAGACAAGGUUUACCUUUUGCCCAAUGGGACGGGCCAACGGUUGUGGUGUGGCUGGAGCUCUGGGUUGGGAUGCCAGCCUGGUAUGUGGCUGCCUGCCGUGCAAAUGUGAAAAGUGGGGCCAUCAUGUCGGCCCUGUCCGACACAGAGAUCCAGCGUGAGAUCGGGAUCAGCAACCCCCUGCACAGGCUGAAGCUGAGGCUGGCCAUCCAGGAGAUCAUGUCGCUGACCAGCCCGUCUGCCCCGCCCACGUCUAGAACGACCACAGGAAAUGUCUGGUUAACACACGAAGAGAUGGAAACGCUCGCAGCCACGCCGCAAACGGAAGAUGAGGAGGGAAGCUGGGCUCAGACACUUGCCUAUGGGGACAUGAACCACGAGUGGAUUGGCAACGAGUGGCUCCCCAGCCUGGGCCUCCCCCAGUACCGCAGCUAUUUCAUGGAGUGCCUUGUGGACGCCAGGAUGCUGGACCACUUGACCAAGAAAGACCUUCGAGGGCAGCUGAAAAUGGUCGACAGUUUUCACAGAAACAGUUUCCAGUGUGGAAUUAUGUGCCUGAGAAGGUUAAAUUAUGACCGGAAAGAACUGGAAAGAAAAAGAGAAGAAAGUCAGAAUGAAAUAAAAGAUGUGCUUGUUUGGAGCAAUGAUCGAGUGAUUCGCUGGAUCCUGUCAAUUGGCCUUAAAGAAUAUGCAAACAAUCUGCUAGAGAGUGGUGUUCACGGAGCCCUGCUGGCCUUAGAGGAAACCUUUGACUUCAGCACCUUGGCCCUGCUGUUACAGAUUCCGACACAGAACACACAGGCUCGUGCUGUCUUGGAAAGAGAAUUUAACAACCUUUUGGUCAUGGGGACUGAUAGAAGGUUCGAUGAAGAUGAUGAUAAAAGCUUUAGGAGAGCACCUUCAUGGAGAAAAAAGUUUAGACCAAAGGACAUUCGUGGCUUAGCUGCUGGGUCAGCAGAGACGCUCCCUGCAAACUUCCGGGUGACUUCUUCCAUGUCUUCACCCUCUAUGCAGCCAAAGAAGAUGCAGAUGGAUGGCAAUGUAUCAGGAACACAGAGGUUGGAUUCUGCUACAGUCAGGACUUACUCCUGCUAAAGUCUCCUGUUGUUUACCCACACUACUUCUACAGAUGAUUACGCAGCAUUUUGAAUCCAACAAAGACGACAUUUUAGAAUCCAAUGGAAUCUUUAAUCUGUUAAUACUUGUUAUAUGGACCCUAAGAUAUUUUAUUACAGAGUUUUUAAUUAGUGAAAAAUUCAUAAAUACCAUAGAGAAAAUAUUUUAGAAUUUAAUGUUUCUUAUAUUUAUGUAAACUUAUGACUCUUCAUUUAUAUAGUUACUUACUUUUUCAUGUAUAUCCAGGCUAUAAAUAUCCUUUCAAAUCAUGUUCUUAUACCUAAUUUUAGUCUUUCAAAUGAAUGUACUGUAAUGCUUGUAUGUAUAAAUCCUAUGAACAAAUAUAGGGCUUUUGUAAAUUAUGCAUUUAUUGUAAUUAUUGUUUAAUUUUUUAAUGGUAAACCAUGACAAAGGAUUUUACUACGUUUAUAAAGUUAUGACAGAAGCAAUGUGCAUUAUCCUUUACAGAUGCAACCUAGCUCUACAGCAAUCAUUUUGAAAUACGCAUACCUAAUUUCAAGCAAUUGUUGUAUUUUAAUGACUGACCUUAAGUAUACUUUUUCUAGCAAGAAAUGCUUUAUUCCGCAGCGUGAACAGAUUUAAAAUAGCUGGUGUUAAAUACCAGCUUCUAAUAAAGUGUGGACUGAAAAGACUAUCAUGACACUCUGAGAAACCCCAGCACUGGUUAACGCUUUCCUAGCCUCGUCUCUGGGUUUGCGGAGCUUGUCUUCAGUGGCUGACAGAGGCUGGGAGCUGGGAGCAGUUCUCUCACUGGAGAGGCUCGGGAUGGGGUCACCUGGGACCAGCCCAGCCCCUGCACCCUCUUCCCUGCCUCUCCUCCUUGGGCGUGGGCGGAGAGAGACACCCAUGGAGCCCAAUUAGGGCCAGUCAGCCGGCACCGUGCUCUCAUCCUGCAAGUCUGUGCACACAGCGGACGAGGCAGGAGACCCAGAAAACCGUGUAGAGCAACUCUAAUAAAGGCCUUAUUUUUCUUACGUAAAUCAUCUUUUUACAUUUGUUUGUAAACAUGUUUAAAGAAAGAACCUAGUGGGACAUUUUUAGACUUUGAUGAUAUAGCCAUUGUGGAUUGUGUAAGUUGCAAAUGUGGCUUUUUAAAUGGCAUAUUAAAAAGCCAGCAAAGCGUGUCAGACCAUGGCGUGGUAUUUAUUGUGCAGCAGAUACAGAGAUAGAGGCAGCCUCUUUCACAUUUGGUUUCUGCUUUUAAUUUACUUGUACAAUUCAUUGUUACUGUUCUGUUUUUCUAAUCUUUUGUGAACUUCCUGAUUAUGUAACAAAGUAUGUACAGUCUACUUUUGAACUAUUUUUAUCACAGUAUUAUUUAUUGCUUUCUUUCAAUAAAGUACUGAAGCAUUUU